GCGCCUCCGCCAAUAGCGUUACCUAACUUUUAGGUCAACAACAUGCGGGUUCAAUGUCACAGACACAGAGCGAUGAGCAGCGAUAUUAAUGUAGAUCCUCAGGACUGAACCCGCAUAAUUUGAGGAAGCUCCAGGCCCGCAUGUCAACAUGGCAACAUGUGCAGGAUGUAGGAUCUUCUUCCUGACUGUAAGAACUCUGUGUGGAACGUCAAGAUCUGCAUCUCCCCACUCGCUGCCUUUAACUAAACACAGGACAUUAUCCACCUCUGCAAGAACGUACACUUUAGAUUCUUUCUCUGGGUCAAAGAAGAGCCCGGUUCAGUCAAGCAGACCAGAGCGAAGUUCUCCGUCCACAGGAGGCGUUCAGAGGAACCUCUCCGUUGUCGCCGUGCCCCUGAAGGGUCAGUUUAGCCCUCUGUGUCGUUAUGAUCUUUUAGAUCUGGGUGAUGUGGAUGAGAACACGCACAAAGCACUGGCUUGUAAAAUCUUGAGAAGGUUUAUCGUAGACCCUACCCUUGCAACCAUCGUUACUGACCAUCUCGCCGAAGACAUUGAGGAUGGAAAAGCUGUUAUAUUUGAAUGUAACCCAGGUCCUGGAGUGUUGACGCGUGCUCUGUUGAAUCGUGGCGCUCAGAGAGUCGUUGCUCUUGAAAAUGAUGCACACUUUCUUCCUGAGCUGCAGGCUCUGGAGAGCAAACUGGAUGGGCAGUUGGAUGUGGUUCACUGCGACUUCUUCAAACUUGAUCCCAUCGGUCAGGGCAGCAUGAAACCACCUGCCAUGUACUCAGAGAAGCUCUUCUCUAAGCUUGGCAUCUCCGAGGUACCAUGGUCAUCAGAUGUCCCAGUGAAGGUUGUGGGGAUCUUUUCUCAACGAAAUGAAAGGAGCUUGUUGUGGAAGCUCAUCUACUGCCUGUUUGAGCGACUUUCCAUUUUCCACUAUGGACGUGUGGAGUUAAUCAUGUUCAUCAGCCAGAAGGAAUACACAAAACUGGUGACCCGUCCGAGGGAUUAUAAGAACUAUCAAGCUUACAGUGUUCUGUGGCAGAUGGCUUGUGACAUUGAGUUACUGCAUGAGGAGCCACUGUCGUCCUUUUUGACGACAUGUAAAAGAAAUGGAAAAACAACAUCAAAAAGUGCAACGUCCCAGAGUGACAACCUUUGUCUGGUGCGCAUAACGCCACGUGAUGACUUGUUCAACUCUCACCUCACGCCCUCGAACGGCAGCACACUGAUCAUGAUGGUGAAACAGUGUCUCGCCAAAAGGAAAAGUAGACUGAUUGAACAAAUUAACUCUUGGAGUCCUGGAAGUGGGCCAGACCUCAUUUCAAAACUUGGCUUUCUGGAUGACACUCUGACAGGCGACGUUUACCCUGAUGAGUACAAGCGUCUGUUUGAGCUGAUGGAGCAGUCGGGGAACUUCACCGAGAGCUGGCUUUAUGAAGAGACAUUGGAAACUAAAAACACAGGUCAUGGGUAACAGUGACCGGACUUAAUGCAUCAUGGACGAAAAAUGUCUUAUUUUGGAAAGACAGUUAGAGGACAAUGUGACUUUGGAGUGAGUGUAACAUCCUUGAGGUCAAACUGGCAAAUGUUUUGACUAACUUGUCUAUGAAGUUUUUGUAUAAAAAGAACUAAAAAAACAUUGUGCCUGUCUAUAUCUUAAGAUCAGUGACUUUUAGUUGCAUACAAUAGGACAGUAUGACUACCUUUCCUAAAAUGUGUUGAUAUCUGACAGAAGUCAUGUAAAACUAUGAGGUGUUUGCUCUACACAUGACAAAACUGCUUUGUCUCUUUGAUAAUUGAUGGAAAAUAUUACAUUUUCAAUAUCAAAAAGGACUUUAUCUUAAUGAUUAGGACACAGUUAUGAUAUUCAAAAUAAUGCAAUUUUUGUCAUUUUCUUUCAGCUUUUGUAUGUUUGCUGUAUUUAAAUGAACAUGUAUUUUUUUUUAUUAAUAACUUAUGUAAGUGAUUUACAUAAUGAUAAACAAUAAGGUAUUUA